GGCCGGAGCCGGAGGGACAGCGGGCCGUGCCCGCCCCGUCGGGGCGCGGGGCGCUGUCCGCGGUGCUGCGGGGUCCCGGCCCGCACGGACCCGACGGGGCGGCGGGAGGAGAGCCCCGGGCAGCCGGGUCCUGAUGGGGGGACAGACACAUGACCUGCAUCCCACAUGACACAGAAAGGAACUGAGCGGCAGCCAACCUGCGAAACGUCAUUUUUCCUCCGUUAAAGAAGAGGGGCAGGACACCCCAUCCCUCCCUGCUCAAGCGGCUUUGCAAACAUCUGGGCAGAGACAGCUACAGACGUGACGAUACGCCGUGGUUCCCGGUAUGACUGGGACCUUUCCAGAGGUGCCUUCACUUGGGAUAACAGGCAGAGCACGGAGGAGACCAGCGCCUCUGGGACUAUGCUUUGGAGCAGGCACCCACUGGUUAGCUCUCCAUACGUGUCCCUGAGUGGGUCACAUACUGUUCCCUGUUGAAGCUGCUGCAUUCCUGGCUUCUCAAAGGCAUGUUUGCAGCCUGAGCAAAAGACAUGGCCAAGUUUGCCCAAAGCAUGGAUAACAGCAGCAGUCCUUUCCUUCUCCCUACCCUACUGCUCCUGCUGCAGAACACGAGCAACCCCGAAACCUCCAUCCCUCCUGCUGGCUAUGAGAUGACAGAAUCGUCACCCACAGGACCUGGCUCAAGCAGGAACCACACUCUCUUAGACUACGGACUGAGGCCAGGGGAAAUUGCAGCAGCCAGCAUGGUUUGGGGAGUGUUGUGGCUGGUUUCCAUCUUGGGAAACUUCCUUGUCUGCUUAGUGAUCCACAGGAGCAGGAGGACACAAUCCACCACCAACUAUUUUGUGGUCUCCAUGGCUUGUGCAGACUUGCUCACCAGUGUUGUGAGUGCGCCCUUCCUGCUGCUCCAGUUGACCUACGGCAGGUGGAUGCUGGGGAACGGGAUGUGCAAGCUGGUGAGGUACAUACAGUACCUCACCCCGGCAGUCCAGAUCUACGUGCUCUUCUCCAUAGGCGUGGAUCGAUUCUACACUAUUGUCCAUCCCCUGAGCUUCAAAGUGUCCAGGGAGAAAGCCAAGAAAAUGAUUCUGGCCUCUUGGCUCUGUGGUGCUCUGUUUGCAUCACCAGUUUGUUUUCUCUACAGCUCCAACAGUGAUCACCACUGCAACUUUUUUCUACCCAAUUCUUGGCAAGGAACCGUCUAUAGUAUCACCCACCUCUUGGUGGUGUUUUUGAUCCCAUCCCUCCUCAUUAUCCUCUUUUACAAGAGAGUAAUUAAGUACAUUUGGAGAAUAGGCACAGAUGGAAUGACUGUCAGGAGGACAACAAAUAUUGUCCCAAGAACAAAAGUGAAAACCAUCAAGAUGUUCUUAAUGUUAAACUCGAUGUUUCUCCUGUCCUGUCUCCCUUUCUACAUGGUACAGCUGUGGCACCCACAGGAAACAGACUAUAGAAAGAGCUCCUUGGUAUUCCUGGCUAUCACCUGGAUCUCUUUUAGUUCCUCAGCCUCUAAGCCAACCCUCUACUCCAUCUAUAAUGCAAACUUCAGAAGGGGGAUGAAAGAAACUUUUUGCAUGUCUGCCAUGAAAUGCUACAGAAGCAAUGCAUACACCAUCACCACCAGUUCCAGGAUAGCAAAAAAAAAUCAUGUUGGUAUUGUAGAUAUUCCAGCGACGGCCAAAAGUGUCACCAAAGACUCCACCUAUGAUGCUUUUAACAGAGAAACCAAGGAAAGAAAGCUUGCCUGGCCUAUUCCAUCCAAUCCCCCAAAUACAUUUGUCUAGUGGACUUCAUUGCUUUGAAAAGUUACCUUGUAGCCCCAGAAGAAGUAGUCUUCUCUCCUUUUUGAACCAAUGUAUAGUUACAUAUUUUUAACACAGGUUUUAGGGGGGAAAAAAGAGAUGUUUUAUUUUAUUAAAUGCUUUGGGUUUGAUGUA